AUGACACAGCCCCUAUCCAUCGCCAUCAUAGGCGCGGGCCUCUCUGGUCUCUGCUUGGCCCUCGCCCUUCACCAAGAACAAAUCCCCUGUGUCAUCUACGAAACCCGAGCUGAGCCCCUCGACAUUGGUGGCGCCAUCAUGCUGUCCCCAAACGCCUUGCGCAUCCUCGAUCAGCUGGGAGUGUAUGAACGUCUUCAGCCACUAGGCUACAACUUUGACCACCUCUACUUCCGCACCGAGACUGACCAGCUCCUCGACACUUUCGAAUUUGGGGGCAAAGACAAGUUUGGCUACAGCGGGAUGCGAGUGUACCGCUUCGAGCUCAUCAAAGUGCUGCUCGCAAUGCUCUCAGAAGUCGGCAUCGCACCCCAAUAUGGCAAGAAAUUCAGCCACGUCGUUAGCGAAGACGAGAGCAGCGUCACAUGGGCUUUUGACGACGGAUCGUCCAGCAGCGCCUCUCUGCUCGUUGGUGCUGACGGCAUACACUCCCGCGUCCGGUCAUAUCUCCACCCGGACGUUUCGCCCACAUUCACCAAGAUGGUGGGUGUUUCGGCUUCUGUGCCGACCUCUCAGCUCGGAGUGGGCAAGGACUACACCCUCCCUGUCACCAUCAUGAACAGAAAACAUGGCGCUUUCAUUGCUGCGCCGCAACGUAAAGAUGGUUCUGAAAUGUUCAUUGGCAAACAAUGCCCCUUUACAGAAGAUCUAGAUCGAGCAGGGUGGGAUCGCGUCCUCAAUGACAAGCAGUGGUGCAUCGACUUUCUACGCAAGGGGCAGGAGGACUACCCCCCUAUAGUGGCCAGUGCAGUCUCGAGGCUGGAGAUGGACAAAAUCAAUCUCUGGCCCUUCUACGUCAUCCCAAAGCUCGCCUCGUGGAUGUCCAGCAAGGGAAGAGUGGUGAUCCUGGGUGACGCGGCGCAUGCGAUCCCGCCCACGGCAGGCCAGGGUGUCAACCAGGCAUUUGAGGAUGUCUACACAUUCUCCCGCGUCAUGGCCAGAUUCCAGAGGUCCCUAAAAGGUGUUGCGUCAAUGGUCCUGCGCAGGUGGCAGGAGAAGCGUCAGCUCCGGGUGGACGGUGUGCUCGCGCUCAAUGCCACCAUCAACAAGCGCAGGCUGCCCUCUGCCUUGGAGGAUCCCAUGGCGGCCGAGGGCUUUGAUUUGGGAUGGCUUUAUAAUAUUGAAUAUGAAGAGUUUGUCGAGGAGAUUACGGGGUCUGCUUAAGGCAGAUAGAUAGACUUCGCUGCCGAGCAGCGUCAGUGAAAGUGAAACAA